AUGAUAUAUCCUGCUUUAGGAUAUAGCAAUUGUGACUGUGUAUGCGUAUGGGAAGAUAACUUUGAUUGGAAUGGUGUUGUGGAUCCUAAUAAGUGGGACUUUGAUGUCGGUGGAGAUGGCUGGGGUAAUGAAGAGCAACAAAAUUAUACAAAUAAUCGACGUGAAAAUGCACGUUGUGAACUAUUUCCAGGGACUAAAAAUGGUCGUCUAAUUGUUGAAGCUCGUCGAUUGCCGCAAAAUGAAACGUACGGUCUUCAAUAUUGGCCAGAUAAUGGUGCUAUGGACUUGAUAGAACAAGUCGGUUAUGAUCCGUUGCGCAUCACUUCAUCUGUAAACACAUAUGCAUAUAAUCACAUGAGACAUAAUACACCAAUGAAUUCCAUAAUUGUUCGUGACGCUAUUUCAAAUUUUAACAUUUAUACACUCGAUUGGAAUGAGAAUAAAAUUGAGAUGUUUGUUGGAGAUGAUACAAAUCAAUUUGCUAAUAGUAUCUUUGUCUGGAAUAAAAAAGGAGAUUGGACACAAUGGCCAUUCGAUAAACCAUUCUUUCUUCUUAUCAACAUUGCUGUGGGUGGUAGGAUAGGUGGCCAACAAGGUAUCGAUAAUAAUAUUUUUCCUCGUCGAAUGGAAAUUGAUUGGGUACGUCUUUAUCAACGACGCUAA